UCCUGGCAAAGUCGCUCCACUCCACUCCACUCCACUCCAUUCACUGUCACUGGUUUCAGUCUCUUGAGCUUGAGCUUUAUACCAUCAAACAGGCUACUGGCUACAGCAGCUUCUCAGCAAAUGUGCAAUCAAGCUUGAACGAUUCAAAGAGCAUUCUUGCAUUGUCCAUGGCUGCUAGCUUCACUCGUCCACUGUUUGUCUUUCCCUUCCUCUUUUUCUCAGCUUUUAUCUUUAGCUCUGCUGUAGAUGAAGCACAGAUACUUCUCACCUUUAAGGCCUCCAUUGAAGACACCGUGAACUCUCUCUCUACCUGGUCUAACACCUCUGCUACCCACCAUUGCAACUGGACUGGUGUUGCCUGCACUGCUAGUGCUACGGCUUCUCUGUCAGUUUCUUCUCUCAACCUUCGAAGUCUCAAUCUUUCUGGUGAGAUCUCUCCUUCAAUCUGUCAACUACCUAGCCUCUCAAAUCUCAAUCUUGCAGACAAUCUCUUCAACCAGCCCAUCCCUCUUCAUCUUUCACAGUGCAGUGCGUUGCAAACGUUGAAUCUCAGCAACAAUCUCAUAUGGGGAACAAUCCCCGAUCAGAUUUCUCAGUUCAGUUCACUGAGAGUGCUUGAUUUCAGCAGAAACCAUGUGGAGGGAAAGAUUCCAUACGGCCUAGGUUCUCUGAAGAGCUUGCAGGUUCUCAAUUUGGGAAGCAACUUGUUUUCAGGUAGUGUUCCUUCUUUUGUCUUUGGGAAUUUGAGUGAGCUUGUUGUUCUCGAUUUGUCUGAAAAUCCGUUCCUAGUGAGUGAGAUACCUAGCGAGAUUGGGAAGCUUGCGAAACUUAAGAAACUGUUGUUGCAGAGGUCUGGUUUUUAUGGGGGGAUUCCAGAUUCAUUUUUGGGCUUACAAGGGUUGGAGAUUUUAGACCUCUCUCAGAACAAUUUGACAGGUGGGGUUCCUGAGAAACUCGGGCUUGGUCUUGGGAAUCUGGUAUCCUUUGAUGCUUCACAGAACAAGCUAUCUGGGUCAUUCCCUACUGGUUUCUGCCAAGCAAAAGGCCUCAUUGAUCUUAGCCUUCAUACAAAUUUCUUCACUGGUUCCAUACCCGAUUCUUUCAAAGAGUGCUCGAAUCUGGAGAAAUUUCAAGUUCAGAACAAUGGAUUUUCUGGGAAUUUACCUAAUGGGUUGUGGUCAUUGCCAAAGAUCAAGCUCAUCAGAGCUGAAAAUAAUAAUUUUUCAGGAGAAAUACCCGACUCAAUAUCCAUGGCUGCUGAGUUGGAGCAAGUUCAGAUAGAUAACAACAACUUUACUAGUAGAAUUCCUCAGGGUCUUGGCAUGGUUAAGAGCCUUUAUAGAUUCUCUGCAUCUCAAAAUAAUUUCUAUGGAGACCUUCCUCCAAACUUCUGCGAUUCACCCAUCAUGAGUAUAAUCAAUCUGUCUCACAAUGCUCUGUCUGGUAGUAUUCCCGAGCUUACAAAAUGUAGAAAACUAGUCUCAUUGUCUUUGGCAGACAACAGUUUCAUCGGAGAAAUCCCGUCUUCUCUAGCUGAAUUGCCAGUGUUGACCUACCUGGAUCUCUCCGAUAAUAAUCUCACUGGACCAAUUCCACAAGAGCUACAGAACCUGAAGCUUGCCCUUUUCAAUGUUUCCUUCAAUAAGCUCUCAGGUAGGGUCCCGUACUCUCUCAUAUCCGGUCUUCCAGCUUCGUUCCUUCAGGGAAAUCCAGACCUCUGCGGACCUGGAUUACCCAAUUCUUGCUCAGAAGACGGGCCUAAGCAUAUGUCUGCUGGGCCGACCAAAUUGACAUUUGUGCUGAUAUCCAUUGCUUUUGCUGUCUCUCUUAUGGUUGUUGCUGCUGGUUUCUUUGUAUUGUACCGUUCCUCCAAGAAGAAAUCUCAUCUGGGCAAAUGGGGCUCGGUGUUCUUCUAUCCUCUGAGAAUUACUGAACAGGACUUGAUAAUGGGAAUGGACGAGAAAGGUGCAAUAUGUAGUGGUGGAGCUUUUGGCAGAGUCUACAUAAUCAGGCUGCCGGGUGGUGAAUUCGUAGCUGUUAAGAAGUUAAAGAGUGUGGGAGGUCAAUCUUUGAAAACUUUGAAGGCUGAGAUCAAGAAUUUAGCAAAGAUCAGACAUAAGAAUAUCACAAAGCUUUUGGGUUUUUUCUAUUCUGAUGAUUCACUUCUCCUGGUAUAUGAAUUUAUACAAAGAGGAAGUUUAGGAGAUUUGAUAUGCAGAUCAGACUUUCAAUUAGAAUGGAGUAUUAGAUUGAAGAUUGUUGUGGGAGCUGCCCAAGGACUGGCUUACCUUCACAAGGAUUACAGUCCACACUUACUUCACAGGAAUAUAAAAUCAAGGAACAUUCUUCUGGACAUGAACUUUGAACCAAAACUCACCGACUUUGCACUUGAUCGAAUUGUUGGUGAGUCUGCUUAUCAGUCAGCAGUGGCUUCUGAAGCAGGAUCCUCCUGUUAUAUAGCACCAGAACAUGGAUACUGUAAGAAGGCGACUGAACAGAUGGACAUCUACAGUUUUGGUGUCGUGUUAUUAGAGCUCAUAACUGGGAGGCAAGGUGAACAGAUAGAAGCUGGGGAUUCAGUAGAUGUUGUGAAGUGGGUCCGAAGGAAAAUUAACAUGACCAAUGGAGCCUCUCAGGUCCUGGAUUCCAGGAUCUGCAGCUCAUCGCAGCAAGAGAUGAUGGGCGCUCUAGAAGUUGCUCUCCGUUGCACCUCUGUCAUGCCAGAGAAACGGCCAACGAUGUUUGAAGUCAUUAGAUUACUUCAGUCCCUGGAUUCUGAGACUCACCUUCCAAGUUCAUUUUUCACUGGUGGCAGAUUCUCCACCUUGGAUGAACAUUCAGACCAAAGCAGAACCUGAAUGAUAAACAGCAGUUGGUUCAGGAUUUUCCAGCAACCUUUGUAAAUUUAAAUCGAGUUUGCACUGUUUCAUUUUCCAAGUUCUACCCUGUCGAACAUGGUUCCUUUGUAAUCAACACCAGAAUUUCUUUCAGGAUUUUGUUAAAUAGUUAUACAGUAUUUACCAUAUUAAAACUA